AAGGUUCCAGAGCGGCGACCAGAAGUAAACAAGCAUGGCAGAUGUCAAGAGUGGGCAGGAUGCACCUCCAGCUAUCAUCCAACUUGUUACUUUGGGUGAUAUUACCACCAUGAGGAAUUUACUACUCAAGGGUGAAGCCAAGGUGAACGACACGGACAGUAACGGCAUGACAACCCUCCAUCAUGCUGCUUAUAAGGGAAAUACUGACAUGUGUAAGAUGCUGCUUGCUCAUGGGGCAGAUGUCAGUUCUGACAGUCAUGACCAUCGCUACUCUGCACUACACUUUGCUGCACUCUCAGGAAGUACAGAAACAGUGCAACUUUUGUUAACAUCUGGAGCUAAAACAUACCACACAAAUACCCUGGGGAGAACAGCUGCACAGAUGGCAGCAUUUGUUGGCAACCAUGCAGUAGUGGCACUGAUAAACAACUAUUUACCUUUGAGUGAUGUGUUGAAAUACACUGAACCCACAGGGCUUGAGAAAGAAGCAAAGCUGCCAUCCUCAGUUGCUAAGCCACUUUAUGACCUUAUAAUGCAGGUAAAUCUUCAUCCAGUAAAGAUUGCCUUCUCUGUGGAAAAUUCUGAGGAACUACAGAAGAAUAUUACAAGUGCCUGGAAGGUUUUGGAAAUAAUGUGUGAAAAGGAGAGUAAACAAUCAGAGAAUGUCAAUGAGGUAAUUUGUUUGAAGUUUCAUUACUUGGCAUUUGUUUUCAAGACUUUAGAAAAGGAAUUGAAGAAACUUGAGCCCAUGAUGGAGGAGGAAGGAUUUGUGAAAGACAAUUCCAUAUUUGAAAGUAUCAUUAGAAAAUGGCUAAGGGGACGUCAUUCAGAUGGGUUUGAGGAACACCUAGAGUAUUACAUCAGAGACGCCAUCAAGAGUUUCCCUUAUGUCGAAAUGCCGUUGUUUAUGCAGUUGGCUCGAAACAUAACUGGAGGUGAAAUAGGUGAUACAUCAGCUCUUUGUAUACUUAGUGGCUGCAUUAAUGGACAGCGGGCUUUCCAGGAUGAUAAAGCUUGUUCCACCUGUGGUCAAGAGCAAAAAGCCCUAAAGAGAUGUUCAAAAUGUAAGAUGGUACAGUACUGUGAUCGGUGUUGCCAGAAACUCCAUUGGCCCAUUCAUAAAAAAUUUUGUGAUAUGCUUCAGAUAGAAUAUAAGAAACAAAUGAAGAAGUUAGAAGAAGAAAAGGAGAGAGAAGCAGAAGAAAAUGAGGAAAAAGGAAAGAGGGAAAAAGAAACUGAGAAGAAGAAUUUGAAAGAUGAAGAAUUAGCAAGUCAAGAAGUAAGGAAAAGGGAAGAGAAUGUAAAGAAAAAUGAGGACACAAAAUGUAAAGAUGAAGAGAUGGCAAGUGGGAUGAAGAAGGUAGAAAUUAAAUAGGUGUUCAGGUUAUACUGUAUUGUGUAUUUUUUUUUACUACAUCUUACAGUACUGUACAGGUACUGUACUGUUCUACACACACACACACACACACACACACACACACACACAUAUUACCACACAAUUAUGUCAUUAGCUUCAUAGACAUUGACACAGGAAUAUGAAUGUGGGAUUGUAUUUUGAGGUUUAGCAUUUAUUAUCACAAUCUAUUAAAGCCUAAUCUGUUCAUCUUGGUAGGUCAGGAUAGAACACAUUUAUCAUACGUAACAGUUAUAGAUUUUAUUUAUCAUACAAUACAGUUUUGGAUUCAUAUUUUCCUGUAUGUUUUCAGCUAUGAAGCCACUUCCUAUUAAGAGUAUUUCAUUAUAUAUUUCAGGAUAUUGUUCUGAAUCAUAAACCAGAAGCUAUUAAUUGUAUCUAGAUUUGAAGAUAAUUGUAAAAUAAAUUUAUUGAUGGAAUUACA